AAGGUAAGUGUGCCAGUUUUGGGCACUGCACCAGUUAAUGGCACCCUCAGCGAAAAUAUGUAAUUAAUAAGCCAUGGGUUACCUUUGUGGCAAAGAAAAAAUUGUUUCAAAAAUAUCCACCAGAUAGCAGUUCAAAACAACAACAGCUGACAGUUCCAGCAAGGAGGAGGAAAAAGAAGAAAAAUAAACAAUCCUAAGGAAGUCAGGUGCUGAGAAAAAGUGUGGUUUCCUUAAGUUUCAGAUUGCAGUCAUGGUCAAAGCCAAGAAGAAAUCUAAGGCUAAGGCGAAAGUACGGAAAGUUGUCAAGAGGCCAAAGUUCAUGUAUAAAGCGUCUGACAUGCAGGAUGCAAUGGAUAGUGUUAUAGGAGUUGCAGAUUGAAUACGCAUGAGCUGCAAAGCAGCUGCAAAGAAGUUUAAAGUACCGCGGUCGACUCUACAGAGAAAACUGAAAGAUUCCGGCUCCGCAGAGGAUAGAAAGGUCGGCCCAGAAGCAGUGUUGGGAAGAACAAAUGAGGAGACGCUAGUGCAGUGGGCCUCGCAUUUAUCUGCGAUGGGAUUUCCAGCAACGAAAACACAGCUUCUGGAUAGUGUCGCGCGUUUGGUGAGAUAUGGUAAAAUUAAUGUCCCGUUCAAAAAUGACCGUCCAGGCAGAAAAUGGUAUGCCUCUUUUCUUAAACGUCAUCCAAUAUUAGCGGAGAGGACUUCACAAAAUCUCACAAGAUCUCGUGCAAAUGUCACGAAAGAAGAUCUAAUUCAGUGGAGCGUCAAAGUUGAGACGUAUUUGAAAAGGAAAGAUCUAUUUAACAUCCUAAAAGAUCCAACUAGAGUCUUCAACGCAGAUGAGUUUGCGCUAUUUUUGAGUCCCAAGCCAGGGUGUGUUCUAGCCAAAAAAGGUGAUAAAAAUGUGUAUUCUGUAGUGUAGUGUAGUGUAGUGUGUAGUGUAGUGUAGUGUGUAGUGUGUAGUGUAGUGUAGUGUAGUCUGUGUAAGAAGUUUCAAUGUUCCUUUUGAUAUGAGAUUGUUGAAAGUAAUGAAUUACUCAUGGUUUACUUCAGGAUUUUUGUAUUCAAAGAGUUUAUUCUGUUCCACUGUGCAUUUCAUUUAAUUUUUUUGCUGUUUCUUAUUUUUGAUACAUUAAAAAGUUUUAAACAAAUUCAAUUUUCUUCAAUUUAAAAUGUCCUACCUCCUAAAAAAAUCCAUUCUGAGGGAAAGUUAAUUCAUGCAGAACGUACAAACUCAGGUGAAGAAAGAGUUUUAAGAUACAUUUAAAACAACCUGUUUUGUUUAGAAUUUCACGACCGAAUUCAUUGCCUAACUGUAAAAUUUCAAUGGAAAAAAACAAUCUGGGUUCCAUAACUUAGGGUCCUUUUUCGAGUGAAAGUAAAAAUCUUCAGGGGGUGCCAUGAACUGGGGCAGUUGGAUGUCAAUCACUGGUGCAUAGGUGUCAUUCACUGGUGCAUCAUGAAUUUUUUCAUUAAAACCAGUUAUUUUAACAUUUAUUUUUAAGAUUAAAACGAAUUUUGCUUUUAUUCACAAAUUAGAAAAGAUUUGCUGAAGAUUGAUUGCAAAAACUUAAAGAUUCAUCAAGUUUUGAAAUUAUGAGAACUAAUCAAAGUCAACCUCCACCACUAAGGUGCCAUUCAUUGGCGCAGUUAC